AUGGCGGUGUGUCAGGAUGACCUGACUGAAGAGGAGAGGAGGAUUAUCAGCAGAGUUCUACAGCGAGCCGAGCAGAUGGAGGCACAGGAGCAGGACCGCAUCGGACGUCUGGAGCAGCAGCUGGACAGCAUGAAGCUGACGGCUCGUGGUGAUGGGGUGACUUCCUGCCUGCUGUGUGCAGCAGCAUUCAGCCCCAGAGGACCAGCUGCUGUAGACUGUGAGCAGUGCAGAAAGUGUGUGUGUACCCACUGUAGUCUUCAAAGCCCUUGUGGCUCACGGCUGGUGCGGCUCUGCAGGAUCUGCAGUGAGGAAGAGGAGGUGUCGAGGAGAUCUGGAUCCUGGUUUUUCAGGGGGCAGCCUAAGCAGGUGUUCCCGCCCCCUCUGUCUGUCUCACCACCAACAGACUCCAGUGCCCCGCCCACACAAUCAACUGCCCCACCCAGAGACAAUAGAGCCCCACCCACAAAUGUGGUGGCUCCGCCUCCAGACUCCGGACUCCAGUGUCACCCUGCUGUCUCAGAGUCUCCUGCAUGCCCGGAGGCUGUGCAUGAGGAGUGUGCACAGCAGGGGCGGGCACGUGAGGAGCGCACACACAUGACGAAUGCCAACAGGCAGAGAGAGGGUGAACCGGAAAUGAGACCUCAGGAAGAGGCAAUUGCCACAGAUGUUCAACAGCAUUUCCAAGCUGCAUCGGAGAUCAAUCACCAUAGCAACAGCCAAUCAGAAAGGGGGAAAGUCGGAGGCUCCACCCCCAUCACAGUUCAGAUCUGUGAUGCCCCUCCACCUACAGGACAUGGACCCCCCCCCCUGGCAGAGGCGUCCCCCCCUGUGUUACUGGAGAGACAGGGCGCAGCACCAGUUGCAGGCUCACAGGCCUCCUCUAGCCCCACACCCCCAAUCAAUGAGGUGGAGGCAGACAGCUAUGACUCGGACGAUGCCUGUAAGAUCAAUGAUUAUGGUUAUUUGCAGUGA